CGAUGUUUUAGGAACCUUCUCUUUCCUUUUGCCUUGAUGAAAUUAUUGAAAAUUCCGAUUUAGAUUUUUAGUUCUUACCCACACAUCUUACCUAGAGAGUUUCAAUUAUUCGUGUAAAAUUGCAUUUAUUAAAACUAAAAAACCUUUGAAAACCGGUCAAAAUGUCUGGACGUAUUCAUUCUGAAGAUGAACUUGGCAAGAAGUGGGAUAGAUGUGUUACUGAUGGAAUUCUCAAGACUACUGGUGGUAUCGGACUAGGACUUUUGGCUUCAGUUCUCCUAUUCAAAGUUAAACGUUGGCCUAUUAUCUUUGGGGGAGGCGUUGGACUAGGAUUGGCUUACAGAAAUUGUGAACAAGAAAUCAAUGAAACGUUAAGAAAGACGUAAUGGGAGCAGAAAGUUGAUGGAUCGGCGAUAACAUUUUUUGUAAAAUAUUUAGACCGUUAUGUAAUAGUAAUGUAAUAUACGCUUAACCGUUUGAAAAUAAAGAAAAGAUAGAAGUUUA